ACAAUGGCAAAAGUUGAUGGUGAUGAAAACGAAAAGAAUGCAUUUGAUGGCCAAGAACAUGAUAUUUUACGUAAAAUUUUUGAAAAAUGUAAAUAUGAAAGUAUUCAUGGUUUGCAGAGACCUUUAGAAUUAUAUAGAGAGAGAGUAUUGUAUUACACUGAUACAACAGAACACGUAUUAAAUGCCGUAUUGAACUCGAAACACGUUAGCUAUCGACCUGAUUUAUUUGAUCGAGCUGUUAUAAAUGAUUCAUUAAAAACAAUGUAUUCGCAGCAAGAGUCAUUUUCGUUUAACGAUAUUUACGAGAAAAUAAAGGAGAAAGUUAAGGUACCAGACCUAGAGAAUUUUUGCCGUGCUAUGAAACAAUUGGGAUAUAAACCGAUGAAUACUAAUUAUGGUUAUAUUAUAGCUGAAGAUCCUAAAGUUACUUACGAAAGAUUUCGAUAUUUAAAAAAGAUAACUAAGUUAAGAGCCGCUUCCAAAGCAAUUUACUACAUAGACGAAAGAAUAAUAGACUUGAACAAAACUUUUAAAAAGACUUGGCUUGACCAUGAAGACGUGACCAAAAAUGAAGCAUACGUUUUCUUUCAUAUUGUUUCUAAAAACGGUCUGGAAAAAGGAUUAUUUUGUAACCAAGCUAACGCGGAAGAUUUCAGUAAAUGGAUUAGUGACAUUGUUUUGUCUUCUAUGAAAGCUUCAAGUGUCAUAAUAAUGGAUAACAGUUCGCUACAUGGUAAACCAGUUAUUGAACCAAUAUCUCGGUACCAUACUAAGGCCGACAUGUUAAACUGGUUACAGCGUAAUAACAUUCCAUGCUCGCCGAGUAUGCGUAAAGCCGAAUUAUAUGAUCUCAUCGCACGAUGUCCCGUUAAGGAUAAACAGUAUCAACUAGAUCUGAUUUUCCAAGCCCAUGGACAUGAAGUUCUACGUCUUCCCGAAAACUAUCAUGACCUGUCUAUGACCGAACUAUUGUGGGAACAUAUCCUUUCGAGCUCAUUCUCGUUUGAAACUACAAACGUUUUCAACUUGAAGACCAAAGUGUAUAACGCCAUAACAACCAUUCGCCAGGAAAAGUGGUUUCAGUUCGAAACAAUUAUCAAAGACACCGAGAAGAAUAUAUUCGCCGUUGACGAAGCCAUCGAGCAGGCAUUGGAUGCAUAUGAAAUUGAUCCAAAAGAUGUUAUGUAACUAGGGCGAGAUACAUACUUGUGUAUUUUUUUGUAAUAAGUUUCCAUAAUUG